ACUAGCAAAACAAUAAUGGUCACUGUACAGAAUUGUUUGAGUUAAAGUUAGUUAAUUUUUGUUGCAAUUUUGGUAAUUGAAGUUUUCAAUCCUAACAAUUUUUAUUGCGUAACUAAUUACAUAGUUGCCACAUAUGACGUAUUUGGUGUUGUCACAUAAAAGUAACAACUCUAGGGGAACUCCCUCGCCUAAAUAUUGAUUUUGUUAAAAUGUUUAUUGAAAAAAAACGAAAAUUGAGUCUUUUUCUUCAUAUUAACAAUGUUAUUAUUGAACACCUAAUUGAAUAAUAACAAAACUUUGGUACCAGGUUCAGAUAUAUAGUUUAUGAUAAGUUUUAAUACGAUGAUUAGAAAUGAAUGAAAACGACAAAGUGUCGGGCGAGUUUGUUAUUUGUGGUUUGUUUACGUCGUUUGUGGAACAAGUUGAUCGUAAGUUGGAUGCGAUCAAGCGUGACCAUUUGAGCGAGCAACAGAUAUUAAAAUCGUUCCAGCGAGGCGAGGACCAUCAGUUCGAUCACCUUCUAUCUUCAUUGGGUUGCAUCUCACAAUAUUGUUUGCCUUCAUUGGUUGAAGCUUUGUUUAAAUGGUACUACCAACAUUUACCCCGCCAGCCCCGAGUAUCCAACGUUGAUUCAACAUCGAGUGUGAAAGAUAAAAGUGAAAAACAGAAACAAACAAAUGUUCAUGAUGAAACAAAAGAGGUUUCCAUCAACGUAGCGUUCAGCCUCGUAUUAAUCGAGAUCCUCCGUCAACUCCCCACUUACCCCCUUCCCGACCAACAACUUGAUCGCAUCCUUCACCUUAUAUUCGCUUACUUCAAACAAGCCAUCGGGCCCAAGGAAGCAACCAAAGCGAGAAUCAUCGCCGACCUUUAUUCAGAAGUUCUCGGGGUGAUCGCUAAAACAAAGUUCCAAACCAUCCACCAGAAAUUCCUCCAUGAGUUAGAAGAUGCGAAACGUAGCAGCGAGCACGGUAACGAGAAGGUUCUUGGACUUAUAAUGGGCAUGAAAUUCUUUCGAGUGAAGAUGUAUCCUGUCGAGGAUUUCGAGGCUUGUUUCAG